GGCCCCGGCGCGCGGCCGCGUUUCCUGGUGACGGAGCGCAGGCGCCGAGGCGAUGCGGGGCCAGGAGGUGCUGGGCCAGGCGGCCCGGCUGGCCUCCUCGGGGCUGCUCCUGCAGGUAUUGUUUCGAUUGAUUACCUUUGUCUUGAAUGCGUUUAUACUUCGCUUCCUGUCAAAGGAAAUUGUUGGCAUAGUGAACGUGAGGCUGACGCUGCUUUACUCGACGACUGUCUUCCUGGCCCGAGAGGCCUUCCGGAGGGCGUGUCUGAGUGGGGGCGCCCAGCGAGACUGGAGGCGGACCCUCAACCUCCUGUGGCUGACAGUCCCUCUGGGUGUGUUUUGGUCCUUGUUCCUGGGCUGGGUCUGGCUACAUUUGCUUGAAGUACCUGACCCGAAUACCGUACCCCACUAUGGAACUGGAGUGGUGGUCUUUGGUCUUUCAGCGGUGGUGGAACUUCUGGGAGAGCCCCUCUGGGUCUUGGCCCAAGCACAUAUGUUUGUCAAGCUCAAGGUGGUUGCCGACAGCCUGUCCGUCAUCCUCAGGAGCGUCCUGACUGCUCUUCUUGUGCUGUGGCUGCCCCACUGGGGACUGCACAUUUUCUCUCUGGCCCAGCUUUUCUACACUGUGGUUCUGGUGCUGUGCUACGUUCUCUAUUUCACAAAGUUAUUGGGCUCCCCAGAAUCAAGCAGACAAACUCUUCCAGUCGCCACCGUGACAGCCCUGUUACCCAGCAUUACGAGGAGUGGAGCAUUUAUAAACUGGACAGAGGCUAAAUUGACGUGGAGUUUUUUCAAACAAUCUUUCCUGAAACAGAUUUUGACCGAAGGUGAGCGAUACGUGAUGACAUUUUUGAAUGUGUUAAAUUUUGGCGACCAGGGUGUAUAUGACAUAGUGAAUAAUCUUGGUUCCCUGAUGCCCAGAAUAGUUUUCCAGCCGAUAGAAGAAAGUUUUUAUAUAUUCUUCGCCAAAGUGCUGGAGAGAGAAAAGAAGGCCACGCAACAGAAGCAGGAGGACGUUGCUGUGGCUGCCGUGGUUUUGGAGUCCCUGCUCAAAUUGGCCCUCCUGACUGGCCUGACCAUCACUGUGUUUGGUUUUGCCUAUUCUCAGCUGGCUCUGGAUAUCUACGGAGGGACCAUGCUGAGCUCGGGAUCAGGUCCUGUUUUGCUGCGUACCUACAGUCUCUAUGUCCUGCUGCUUGCCGUCAAUGGAGUGACCGAGUGCUUUACGUUUGCUGCCAUGAGCAAAGAGGAGGUUGACAGGUACAAUGGCACCAUGCUGGCCCUGUCGUGUUCGUUCCUGGUGGCGGCCUACUUCCUGACCCACUGGUUUGGCAGCGUGGGCUUCAUCUUGGCCAACUGCUUUAACAUGGGCAUUCGGAUCACACAGAGCCUCAACUUUAUCUACCUCUACUUCCGCAAGAGCCCCCACAGGCCUCUGGCCAGCCUGCGCCUGUCGCCAGCCCUGCUCGGGGUCUUCGUCCUCAGUGGUGGGAUCACCCAAGUUUCAGAGGUGUACCUCUGCUGUGAGCGCGGCUGGCUGGCCCGGCUGGCACACAUCGCCGUGGGGACUUUGUGUUUGGCAGCUACUCUGGGGACAGUCUUCCUUACGGAGACCAAACUGAUUCACUUUCUUAGGACUCAGUUAGGGGCGUCCAGACUCUCCAGUAAGUGGACAUGACUUCCUGUGGCACCAGACCAACUGCAGGCCGUUGGUGGGUGGACUGUGCUUCCCAUGAGGAGACUGCUGGGGGUCUACAGCGGCAUGAGACCAACUGGGGGUGUGCCAGGGGAGGGGCGAGCACUGUCGCCCAUGAGAAGUGUCCAACGCAGAGGAUUUGCAUUUCUAAGGAAGUACCAAGAAGGCCUUUCAGAAUAGACACAACUGGUUGGUUUUUUUUUGUUUUGUUUUUUGUUUUGUUUUGUUUUUGCUUUUUGGGUCACACCCGGCGAUGCACAGGGGUUACUCCUGGCUCUGCACUCAGGAAUUACUCCUGGUGGUACUCGGGGGACCAUAUGGGAUGCUGGGAAUCGAACCCGGGUCAGCCACGUGCAAGGCAAACGCUGUACCCGAUGUGCUGUCGCUCCAGCCCCUGGUUGGGUUUUCUUUUUUGUUGUGUUGUUGUUUUCACCAUUUUGUCUUACAAGCUUUCUGUUCAUUCCUUUGGAUAUGACUGCUGUUAGAAUCUACAGACUCUAGCAAAACUAUGUUAAUAUUCAUCUGGCUCAGAAUAAGAGGUGGAGCAUUUCUGUCUCAGAACAGUUUGUUGAUGGAGAGGCCUGAUGGGAGUUAGGCAGCAAACAAGAACAAAUGGAGUUGUGGUUUCCCCCCUGUCAACACUGUGGUCUGGGUUUUUAGGGAAGGAAAAAUAAUACUCAGUGAGAAAUCUGAGAGAUGCAAACGUGAAGUCUGUCAGAUUACAUUUCCCAGAGUUGGGGGUGGUCAGGCCUCAUCUCCACGGUCCUGUCCCUGGGCCAGCACACGCCUCCCCAGAGUAGGUGAAAGCCACAUGCAAGAGGCCCAGGUUUGAUUCCUAGCACUGCUCAGAGUGAUAUACCAAGUACUGAGCCCCUGAGCACUGCCAGGUGUGGCUCAAAAGAGCACAUGCAAGUGAAGGGCCAGAGAGGUCAUGCAGGGUUAAGAUGCUUGCCUUGCGUGCAGCUGCCCCUGGUUCAAAUCCCCAGCGCCACAUAUGGUCCCCUGGACACUGGGUCUCUUCUGAGCACAGAGCCAGGAGCAGCCUCUGGGCACCAUUGGGUAUGGCCCAACCCCUUUCCCCCAUUGCCCCCCGAGAAAAAAGACCUCAGAGCAGCCCUGAGCACUGCAGGUGUGGCCCUGGAGUCCCCUGCCAGAGCUGAGCGUAAGUACCCUGGCCUGCACUUCCCUGAGAAGGCGCAGGGACAGCAAGCAGGCACAGGAAAGCGUUCACUGUGACUUGUUACCAGAGAAGUGCAAGUCAGAAUGACAGCGAGAUACCGUCUCACACCGGUGAAAGUGGCACCUCGCCCAGUGCUGCCGGGUGCGGUGAGAAGAGCCCUCAUCCACCAUUGACGGGGAUGUUGUCUGGUUUAGUGUCUGUGCAGAUCAGUCGGGGACCGUCUGUGAGGCAGUCCUGCUGAGGAGGGGACCUUUCUGUGGGAGGUGUCCUGCCUUUCCCCUUUCUUUUCUUUUGUAAAUAAAACUAUCUUCUGAGGGUUUUUUUUUUGGGGGGGGGGCGGUGUGGAGGGAUUGCAGGAAACUGAGCUUCCAUUAGACCCAGUGACUCCACUCCUUGAAAAAAUCUCAGGAACACACAAAAACAGUAAUUUAAAAGGAUAUAUAUGUAUACACAAUGCAAUACAAUGCAACAUGAGAAAAGAUGAAAUCUUAGCAGCUCACUGCACUGAGGAUGGAACCAGAAGGUAUCCUGUUGAUCUAGAUAAGCCAGAGGGAGAAGGACAAAUACCAGGUGACCGCCCCCAUCUGUGGUAUACAGAGAAACAGAACAAGGGAAUUGAUAUUAUUUGAAGGAGGGCAAACCCUUGCA